AUGGCUUCCACGACUAGACCCGCUAUUCCGCCAGUGGCGCUGGAUACUAUUACCCAGCACAUCGGCAACACCCCUCUGGUCCGACUGAACCGUCUGCCCGGCAGCCUGGGUAUCGAUGCCACCGUCUACGCCAAGUUGGAGUACUUCAAUGCCGGCGGCAGUGUCAAGGAUCGCAUUGCCCUGCGCAUGAUUGAAGAGGCAGAGCGGUCCGGUCGGAUCAAGCCUGGCGACACCCUGAUCGAGCCCACCAGUGGCAACACUGGUAUUGGAUUGGCUCUGGUCGGUGCCGUCAAGGGCUACAAAACCAUCAUCACUCUCCCCGAGAAGAUGUCCGCUGAGAAGGUUUCCGUUCUGCGUGCUUUGAACGCCACCAUCAUCCGAACUCCCAACGAGGCCGCCUACGAUUCGCCCGAAUCCCACAUUGGAGUGGCCAAGCGUCUGCAGAAGGAACUGCCCAACGCUCACAUCCUCGAUCAGUACGGUAACGAGAACAACCCCAAUGCCCAUGAAUUCGGCACCGCCGAAGAGAUCUGGACGCAGACCAAGGGAGAGAUCACGGCCAUUGUGGCUGGUGCAGGCACUGGUGGUACGAUCACCGGUCUCGCUCGGGGUCUCAAGAAGCACAACCCCAAUGUCGAAGUGAUUGGUGCUGAUCCCCAUGGCUCUAUUCUGGCCCUGCCGGAAUCGCUGAACGACGCACACGUGAACGAGCCCUACAAGGUGGAGGGCAUCGGCUACGACUUCAUUCCCGAGGUCUUGGACCGGAAGGCUGUUGACCGGUGGUACAAGACCGCCGACAAGGAGUCCUUCCAGUACUCGCGGCGUUUGAUCGCCGAGGAAGGUCUCCUAGUCGGUGGCAGCAGUGGAAGUGCCGUUGCAGCUCUGGUUAAGGCCAAUGAGGAGCGCAAAUUUGCCAAGGACGACGUCGUGGUUGUUGUCCUCCCUGAUAGCAUCCGAAGCUAUCUGACCAAGUUUGCCGAUGACGAUUGGCUGGCUGCCAACGACCUGUUGUCGUCGUCGUCCCCUGUCAUGGUCGCUAAGACGCAGCAGCUUCCGGUGUCUACAGACCCCUUGGCUGGUGCGAAGGUCAGCGCUCUCCGACUGAAGCCUAUCACUACCGUGACCGCCAACAUCCCGUGUGAGACCGCAAUCGAAACCAUGCGUGAGAAGGGCUUCGACCAGCUGCCCGUUCUCGCUCCCUCCGGCCGAAAGCUCGUGGGUCUUCUCACACUGGGCAACGUUCUCAGCCGGUUGACUCACGGCCGCGUGACCGGAAAGAGCCCGGUUUCCGAGGUGAUGUUCGAUUUCUCGAAAAUUCCGGAGGUUGUCACCGACCCUCGCGAUAUGGGUGUCACCCGCUCUUCGUCGGGCGCGAAGUCCAACGGAGCAGACACCACCCUUGCCCAGACCAAGCAACGCCAGUUCAUUGAGAUCACCAUGGACACUCCGCUCAGCGUGUUGAACCGAUUCUUUGAGUGGAACAGUGCCGCAAUUGUCACGGAGAAGGACGAGAGUGGCGCGAUGAAGCCUCUGGCUAUUGUCACCAAGGUUGAUUUGCUCACCUGGAUGCUUCGCCAAAGCAAGACCAACGGCGCUUAA